GAGGAGGCCUAGAUGGAGGGGGGUGAGGCGGCGUUCUAAGCUCCUAAAGGGAAAGAAAACCAAACCAAAACAAACCUUGCUCGCGAGGUUCCCGGGAAGGCUAGGAAAGAACUACAAUUCCCAGAGGGCAUUGGAGCAGAGGGACCUUCGCAGGGGCCUGGGCCUUCGGCGCUGCAGCCGUCUGGGGUGAGUAGUGGGUUCCCUAGGGAGAGGUGCUGGGGUAUGACGGGGUCGCGGCCCCCGAGGCUGGGUCCACACUGGUGACGCUUCGAAAGGCCCUCCUAGGCCAGCUUUUCACAAUGUCCAAGAAAGGAUACAGUGGCAAACAGGAAAAGUCUCCAAGAAAGGGCGUGUCUCCUUCACACAACCUAGAUGAAAAAGAAAAGAAGCAGAAAAGAAUCUCUUCCAAAGUGCCAAGUCCAAGUUAUGUGUCUUAUUCCAGAAGUUCAACUUCUUUAGGGAAGAGAAAGUUGAAAUCUGAUGAUACGGACAUUUUGUACUAUGAUACAAAAAGAAAAGAAGACCUUCAAAGGUUGGAUGUGGAAACAGGCACUCAAAAGAAGAGGCAAAAAAUCAGCUCUUUUUCAUCUCAAGAACCUGAGACACCCCAAAAGAAAUCAUUUGAUGACAGUCAAAGUACUUCGCACAGUCAGUCUUUAAGUAGAACUAAGAAAGAAAUACAGAAGUAUGAUUUCAAACAUGAAGAUGUAAAAUUGAAAAAUGAGAACCACCAGAAGGACUAUGACCUUAAAAGUAGUAAUAGCGUUACAUAUACCAGGGACUCACAUUCCAAAUCGGAAACACCAGUAUGUGAAAGGAAAUGGCCUCAUUAUCUUGCUCAGAGGGAGAAGCUGAAAGGAAUAAAGAAGAAAGAAAAGAUCAGUAAAGUCAAAGAUAAUGUAGCAAAACCUCUGCUCGAGAAGGACAUCAAAGAUGAAUUGGCUAAGAAAUGCAAUUCUAAAACCUUGAAUAAGGAAGCACCUGAACCUGAAAGAUGCAGAAUCAGUUUCAGAGUUGCUGCAAAAUCCUGUGGUACCAUUCAAAAACCGGUACCGAAUAAUGUUUUUGAUUCUAAAUUUCAUAAACCAAAGCCUUCAUGUGAGAAAAAAGAGGUUCUCCAGAAUUCUCCAGGUUUUUCUAGACACAAAGUUAAACAUUUAUUACCAUCAGAUUCUUCAUAUAAGUCAUCUGACUGCAAGUGGAAAGAAAAAUGUCAUCCUGAGCCUUCCAGCCGAAAAAGAAACAAUUCACAGCCAGAAGAAACUUUCUUACCUGCAUCAGUAUCAUUAAAAAAACAGAGCUCUGUACCAACAUAUUCUCCUAAUUCAAGUGAUUAUAUUCAGGAUACAGAUCAAGAGAUGCAGAUAGUAGAAGAGCUUCAUGCUGCUCGUGUGGGGAAAAGUAUGGAUUUACCUGUGGUGCCUGCUUCUGGAGAGCUGACAAGUAUGGAAAUUGACUUGCCUGAAGAUGAUGUGCAUCCUUCUGUUGAGAAUACUGCUUCAGAUACAAAACUUUUAAUUGUUAUUGACACAAAUAUUCUGAUGAAUCAUCUCAAAUUUCUUGGAAUUUUGAAGACGAUGGAUGUCCCAGGCUUUGAUAGACUUGUAUUGAUAAUUCCCUGGGUGGUUGUGCAAGAACUAGAUCGUAUGAAAGCAGGGAAAUUACUACAGCAUGCACAGCACAAAGCUAUACCUGCAGUUCAUUUUAUCAAUGACUGUCUCCGAAAUCAAGAUGGAAAGCUGUGGGGUCAAUCAAUUCAACUUGCUUCUCAAAAACUUUAUGGAUUGAGUGAUGAAAAUAAUGACGACCGUGUCCUGAAAUGCUGUCUUCAGUAUCAGAAUUUAUUUCCUUCUGCUGUUGUCAUAUUGUGCACGGAUGAUAGAAAUUUACGCAAUAAAGGUAUAAUAAGUGGUAUAAAAUCACUCAGUAAAGCGGAAUUAAGUGCAGAGUUACUGAAUCUCAGUUCCAAAUCAGUAUCUGUGGACAAUCAGCCCCAUAUUUCUAAUCAGCACAUCAAAGCAGAUACAAAGCCCCAGGAGAAACGCUGCAAGGGAAAUACUAUAUCAUCUGGAAUAGCCAUUCUACUUGAAAAUAUUAUUUCAGAGCUUGAAAAAUGUCUUGGAACAGCUUUAUCUUCUAUAUUAGAAACAGAAAUGAAAAUUGCUUUUGGAGACCUCUGGCUAGAGAUGGUGUACUUCAAGCCCCCUUGGACACUUUCACAUUUACUACAGUGUUUUAAAAAACACUGGGUAGCUGUUUUUGGAUUAGUUAUAGAGAAAGACUUGCUUAUGACAAUUGAAAGCCUAUAUGAAAGUCUUUGUAAAGCUAAGACAGUGGACUUGGCAACAACUAAAUUCCUGCUUCAGGAUUCCAAACGUUUGUUACAUGCUUUUAGUCCGAGGUCAAACUAUGAUGGGGUUCUGCCACAGGCCUUUGCUCAGGUGAAUCAGCUGCUUCAAACACUCUCAGAGGUCAAUUCUAAACAUAAGCCAAAUUCUACAGAAUCAAUUGAGUCUUUUUCAAAGAACACAGCAUGUAAAAACCAGGAGGAGAAUGCACUGCUCCAGCCCAGUAAUCAGGAGAAUACAACAGUGUUGGGCACUCAGCUUCCUCAACCCAACAGACAUCAAGAAAUCUGGUCUGUCCUAGAGAAUGUUUGGACCACGAUAUAUCUGAACAGCACGGAUGUUUUCCAGAGUUUGGAUUCCAGUAAUACAUUGAGUCCUCCAAAGAUUGCAUCAUUUGAAGAGGCCUUCGUGUAUCUACAGAAAUUGAUGGCAGCUGUGAAAGAUGUUCUUGCUGGAAUUCAGAGGAUUUUGGCCCCACACAGUUGUUAUCAAGAUAUUGAGACCCUUUAUAACUUCCUAGUGACUAAUGAGGCAAAUAAUUGUAUCAAAUUUACUGCCCAGGAACUUUAUGAAUGCGUGUCACAGGCUGAAUAUCGGGAAAAGUUAGAAAUUGGAUGUUAUCAGCUGGCCCAGAUGGAAUACACUAUGCAGCAGUGCAAUGCCUCUGUGUAUAUGGAAGCCAAAAGUCGGGGGUGGUCUGAAGAUAUGCUCAACCACAGGACUUGUUAAAUGUUUUCUUCCUAAAUCCUUUAUUUAUGAGUUGGACUAGUUAACGUAACAGUAUAAUGUAGUUUUUGUUUUGUUGUGAAGUCUACUUUUGAGCCAACCCCCAAAUCGGACCAAGAACAGUCCUAAGGUUUUCAUAUUUGAUUGCCUUUUCCUGAAAUAGCCAAGACUUGAAAGAAGCUUAGUACUUACAUCGUGGGACAAAUGCUUUUUACUGUGUAGGCUCUUCUUUUGGAGCUAACUGCAUUCCCCCACUCCUUAUCCCUACAUUACUCAGAUGGGAUAAUGGUGGCUUUUCAGCAGUCACCUAGGUCUGAACUUGCCCUGUGUCAGGUUACGUUGUUAUGAGUCUGUAUCUUUUAGUUCAGAGCCUUGGGACCAGGUAUAUAAAACCCAAUCCCAACAGGGCCACAUCCCACAGACUGGACUUGUUUGAGGGAGGUUUACCCUGCAGGCCAGGGAAGUAAUAUACAUUUUGAUGUAGCCUUUAAUAUGCAAAUUCUCAGUUAAGACCCAGAACAUCAUCUAUUUUGGGGUCGUUUUGCUGCUUUCCAUUCCUACUCCGUGACAGUGAAGUCGAGCUUCAACUCUACCUCUUCCAGUCUUCAGUUCUGGCAUCCUUUAUUUCUCGAAGAGGGUUUGUGUUUUUCCCUGAAAUGCAAGUCUGCCCUAGUUUAUAGUUUUAGCAGUGUUAGCUCUUGGCUGAAACUCAACAUCUAGUCUUCUGCAUUAUUCAUUUGUACAAUGAAUUGGAAAUGUAUUCCACAUUUGGUAUAACAAAUCCAAUUUAGGCAUUCUAAUCCAAAUACAUAUGUCUUAUUUAUUUUAGAAAAACUAAAUAAAUUUUUUUUUGUAAAUUUAAAUGUUUCUUGCUUUACUUUAAAAGUUCUAUAAGGGACUGGAAGGGACCAUAAGUUCCUAGUUUAGGGGGUAGUAUUUUCAAAUGUAAAAACAGGACUUGUUCAUGUUUCCAUUCUAAAUACCCAGUUUUACCUUGGCUUAAAAAAAAAAAUCUCAAUGUUGUUCCUUGGUUUGUGUCUUUAUUUAAUGGAAGUGGCUGAAACUGAGCUUUUACUUCUACAGUUUGUUUACUUAAAAGCUAUGCAUGCUGGGGCACUAGGUGGCACAGUAGAUAGGACACCCGCCUUGAGUUCAGGUCAUCCUCAGACGCCUGACACUUAUUACCUAUGUGACCCUGGGCAUGUCACUUAGAAAGAAAGCUAAGGCCAAGAUAGUGGUCAAAGGUCCAUUCCAGGAAUGUGGAGCAGUCAGAAAAAUAUAAGGCCAUUGCAGCACAACCAUAGGCAAUCUGCUAGUAUUCAGUCUUUGAAAGAUUCCCUUUACUUUUACAUCACAGCUUGAUGAGAGUUGAGAAUGUCAUUCUAGAAUUAGGGAUG